UGCCGGUACAAACAUGACCAGCCAGACGCACCUGGGGAUAUAGCCACUGCAUCUGUGCUUUUGUUGCAGGCCAGCGGAAGGUGCAGACAUUGGUGUUUAUUGACCUGGAGUCCACGGGGCUGCCUUCUUUUAUGCCCAAGUACAAGGUGAACAUCACAGAGAUUGCCCUGGUGGCUGUUGAGAGAACCAACUUCAGGGAGGGCCUGCGCUACAUCCACAAGCUGACUUUCUGCGUCAGGCCUCGGCACGCCAUCAUGGAGGAUGCCUCCAGGAUCACAGGUCUGGACAACGAGCAGCUGGAGGGGUGCCCAACAUUCGAAAUGGUGGCGCCGCUGGUGGAGCGCUUCCUGCAGGUCCUGCCGCAGCCGGUCUGCCUGCUCGCCUACAACGGGAACGGCUUUGACUUUCCGCUGCUGCACGCCGAGCUCCAGCGGUGCGGCGUCAACUUCGGCCCGUUCCUCUGCUGCGACGCGAUGCCCGUUAUCAAGGAGCUCCUCCGCGACCCGGACCUCCCGGAGCAGCUGGAACUGGCCGCGCUCCAGGAGCUCACGCCCGACUUCUGGAAGGACUUCGACGAGUGCGACAUGCUGGACGACGACGCGCUCCGCCUGUCCCCGACCGAGGUCACCCCGACCAAGUCGCGGACCGUUCCGACUAACGCGGCUCCGCAGAAGAGGCACGCUCCGGUCCGUGAUUCGCCGCCCGACAAGUCGGCGCGGAAGUCGCUCUUCUCGGCCAAGAAGUCUGUUGCCGGGCAGGCGCCGGCCCAGAACGGGGCUCGGAACGGGGCCAAGCAAAGCUUCACUCUGGGAAGCGUUUAUAAGCGCCUGUUUGGGCGUCCGGUGCGGUCGGCGCACAAUGCAGAGGCGGACUGCGUGGCCCUCGCCGAGAUCUGCUGCCGGCUGAGGGAGCCCGUACUGGAGUACAUGGACGCAUACUGCCGGUCCGUGGUGCAAGUCCCGCCCAUGUGGUGACACUCCGUGCCUGCUGUCAACGUGAUGGAUUGCGUCGCCGCACUUCUGAAGGAAGUGCUCCGUGCCAUCGCCGUUUUGGCCCCCGCAAUGUAUUUUUUCGCUGCGAUUCAUUUUGCUUGCUGGAGAGGUCGAGUGGAGUGCUGGCCGUCGAAGUGAUGCAUGGGAUUUGUGGGAUUCCCUCUUUCCUAGAAUUUUUACUCGAUUCCAAUUUUAGAUUUACAUCAUACCUGGCAACUCUCCUAGUCCAACUUAUAUUUUAAGAUGGUUCCUCUGCAUGGGGCCGUUGACUGCCUCCUCGAUUAUUUUUAUGCUUCAAGCUCUUGUUUUGUUCCUGUGUCGCCGGUUUGUCAUCUAUACAACAUAUAUUUUUUACAUGUUUUACUUCUUUUAUUAGCCUCGACACUCUCGCUACUUUUACACAUUUUAUUCUGCGUUUUACAACUUUUGACUGGACGUUGUGCUGGCAUAUGGCAUGCCGCUGAGAUUGUCACGGAAUCACUUCUCGGGUGUGAAAGCGGAUGCUGUGUAUAGACUGUGGUUUGCUGAGCGGACGCGGAUGAAUUUGUGCACCUUGCACCUCGAUUGAUUCUACACAGCAGCAAAUUGAAACAUUUUAUGUGGGAUGGCCCGCGAAUCAUGUAGCAUCCUGCAGAAACUACUGAAAAGAUUGAUUUAUGUAUAUCAUUAUACAAAGAAAAAAUUUUUACAGUGAGGUGCAAUUAUUUCUGAAAAUCGUACAAAUGAUUGUGUGUAUACACAUCCCUGGAACUGUUUGUGCCACGAAAACAUGCCUAUACGAGUUGUGGGCAUGCAACGCAUCCUAUCGGUGUAUUUUGUUAUUCAGUCGAUGGAUGUGUCCUAUCUUCAAAGCUCUGGUUUCAAGAAUCGCAACUUUGCUUGGGGGGGUGAUUCUUAUUGGGCAUUCCAACAUUUUUGGUUGCAGUUAUAGGUUUUCUACUUCACCCGUAAUGUAAUAAAUGUGCUCGUAUUGCUUUUUUCUAAAGGGUGCAUAUCGUGUGCCAAAAAGAAAUGUUCAAAUUUUUAGGAAGUAAUUUUUGUGCACAAUAAAGUCUGGUUUAGACAUCUGCAUUGGCUCUGCCGUGUUACGUUACACUCUGACACAUGGUCUGCAGCCCUCAUUUGCCAUCAUAAUGUGUAGUGGCGUUUUGUCGUAAUGCAGUAUGCAAAAUUCGGAUAUCUAAACCAGCCUUAAAGGUAACCUGCAGUUUUGCUUUGUCUAAACCAUCUCUCCUGAGCUUGUGUUACAGCUUGGGAAAAUUCCUUGUAAGCAAAUUGUUACGGCGUGGCGACUGUCCUUGUAUGUCUGGUCUGGAAACUAUUUCGUCAUGCUAUGGGAGGGCUUUCCCUCGGGGAAUCUUUCCUUAGGGUCCACAGCGGGUCCCGUCGAAUCUGGCAAGGAACCUACUGGCCCUUGGAGAGCUUGUCCAAUGUUAGAGAAGCAAUGCAAGGAUGCUGGAUUGGCUUUUAUUUUGCCUGAGCUUACUGACACUAGACCCAAAUAUUUUUUGCAGCAGUUCCAGUGCUAGAGUAGCUUCCUUGUUGUGGCGUAAUUUCUAGGGUAAACGCCCAUUACUUUUUUCUGCUUUUCCUUCACAAACCUUGAUGACACAGUCACAGGGAUUGCAGCAUCGAUGUGAUCGUGGACGUUACCUUUUGGGGAUGUGGUCAAAUGCGGCCCAUAGAUUGGACAAAAGUGCCGCUUCAGCACUUCACUUGGGCUCGACACCUGCCUGAAAGUUUGGAUGGUGACUCUUUCCCAAAUGUUGCGGUGAUGGCAAUAGCUGAGCCCUGAAAAUGUUGCGGCACCUUCCCUGUGCUUUGCCAUCGCCGGCACGUGUCUAUGAUGAACCUGGGCGGCGUAUAUAAUGAGCAACAGACCACAUGUCCACUUGUUUUGGCUGCAAAUUAAAAAGUAAACGCUG